AUGUGCUCCCGCAUUGUACAAGUGUUGACAGGGCUUCCUUGCAUGCUCGAGGUGUGGCGGAGUUCAGCAACACCGACUGCUCGAGAACAACUAGAUGAUGAGGAGGAUAGCGAUGAUUUUACGCCAGAUGUUGAGGAACCGGAGCCAGAAGAUGAUUUUGACGAAGACAUAGCGGAGGACGAGGAUGAAGAUGAAGAUAAAGAUGAAGACGGAGACGAUAGCGAUGAUGUUUCUGAAAGAGAUGGAUCCAAUAGAUGCGCCUCUUCAAUCGUCGAUGUCGAUAACCUCGUUCCUGCUACACUAAAUAGGAAGCGCCCUAAGAAAAGCGCGAAGAGCAAGUUGCCCCGUGUGCAGAGGAUCGCUCUUCAUAACCAGGUUGAAACGUUAAAACUCCACAAGGUUGGUGGGCAGGAGCUACGGCUCAGGGACCUCUUUGGGCCGACAGACAAAAACAUCAGGUCUAUCCUUAUAACGCGUGACCAUUGGGACGUGCAAAAGACGCUACCUUAUUGCGACAAGGGGGGUUUGCAGGGAGGGCUAUGGCGUAGCUUCUCUGGAAGCGAGGAAGCAACCACGGUCCGCAUCGUCAUCAAGAACAGGAUCAUGUCCACCUCUAUGACCAUCCUCACGACUUCGAUCAAAUACUCGGUCAGCAGUUUCAUGUACUUUGGGGAUCCGCAGUACUGCAUAGACCCGCUCCCGUACAUGAUUAUGUGCAAGUGGCUUAACGAGUCGAUGGACAGUCGCAGCUUCAUCUUCGUGGAGUUCUUCGCAAUAUCGCGCCAUCCUGUCGCACAUAGACUUGGGGCAGGCCCCCAUGACUUGUAUAGACUUAAGCGUGUGAUAGAACUAUAA